UUUCUUCAAAGCUUUCUAAUCCAUAUAGCUUAAUCAACUACAGCUUAAGAUGAUAACUACAAGUUUUCUAUCUUCUUAUCCCCUUUGAAGCUUUCUUGAAUUGCUGCUAUUAAUACACGAGAAGCUUGCACCAACAUAUAUAUAGCUUCCUACAUAAUUUGGAACCACAACAUUUAUCCUGCAAACAUGUUGAGAGAGACAUUUGUCCGUUCUCUCACUCUCAUCCUGAUAUUAACCUUUACAGGACUUGUAGCUGCAACGGGAGACCGAAAGGAAUUCUAUAUUGUUUAUCUUGGAGAAGAUCCACUUGAUAAUAUCUCUGCAGUACAAACACACAUGGAUAUUCUCUUAUCCGUGAAGAAAAGCCAUCGUGAUGCCAAGGAGUCCAUUGUCUACAGUUAUACAAAAAGCUUCAAUGCUUUUGCAGCAAAGCUAUCUAAAGCUGAAGCCACCAAGCUAUCACAACUGGACCAAGUCCUUUCUGUGUUCCCAAAUCAGUAUCACAAACUCCACACCACCAAAUCAUGGGAUUUUAUUGGACUUCCUAACACAGCAAGAAGAAAUUUGAAAAUGGAGGGAAACAUUAUUGUGGGUCUACUGGAUACAGGGAUCACUCCAGAAUCUGAGAGCUUCAAGGACGAUGGCUUUGGUCCUCCACCCAAGAAAUGGAAAGGAACUUGUGGCCACUUCGCUAAUUUCUCAGGAUGCAACAGGAAACUUAUAGGAGCUCGAUACUUCAAGCUCGAUGGCGACGACCCAUUCGCCGGUGAUAUCUUAUCACCCAUCGACGUGGAUGGACAUGGGACUCACACAUCAUCAACUGUAGCAGGCAACCAAGUUUCUGAUGCGAGCCUUUUUGGUCUAGCGAGAGGUGAUGCUCGUGGUGCAGUGCCAUCUGCCAGAGUGGCCAUGUACAAAGUAUGUUGGGCCGGAUCAGGUUGUGCAGAUAUGGACAUACUUGCAGCAUUUGAAGCUGCCAUAGGUGAUGGUGUUGAUAUUAUCUCAGUAUCAAUAGGUGGAAUGACUGUUGAUUAUGUAACGGAUACACUGGCAAUAGGUGCGUUUCAUGCCAUGAGGAAAGGUAUUAUUACAGUGGUCUCCGCUGGGAAUGAUGGACCAAGUUUUGGUACUGUGGCGAACCAUGCACCUUGGCUAUUAACCGUGGCUGCUAGUGGCAUUGAUAGGCAGUUUAGGAGUAAAAUUGAGUUGGGUAAUGGGAAGAAUAUCUCGGGGCUUGGGAUAACCACAUUUGAACCAAAACAGAAACUAUACCCCAUUGUUAGUGGAGCUGAUGUAGCUAAGAACUCUCAGAGCAAGGAUAGCUCAAGGUUUUGUACGGAUGGAUCAAUGGACCCUAACAAGGUGAAGGGAAAGUUUGUUUACUGCGAGCUACAGGAAUGGGGUUCUGAUUCUGUUGUUAAAGGACUUGGAGGGCUAGGCGUUAUUGUUGAAAGUGAGCAAUAUCUUGACGCAGCCCAAAUUUUCAUGGCACCAGGAACAAUGGUCAAUGCCACUGUUGGUGAUGCCAUCAAUGAUUAUAUACAUUCCACCAGAUCAGCAUCAGCAGUUAUACACAGAUCCAAGGAAGUAAAAGUCUCUGCUCCAUUUAUCGCUUCAUUUUCAUCUCGAGGACCACAUCCACAAUCAGCACACCUCCUCAAGCCUGACGUUGCAGCACCGGGAAUUGACAUUUUGGCAUCUUACACUCCCCUGAGGUCACUCACAGGGCUAAAAGGGGACACUCAACAUUCAAAAUUCACACUUAUGUCUGGGACUUCUAUGGCUUGUCCCCAUGUCGCUGGGGUAGCUGCUUAUGUAAAGUCAUUCAACCCAAGUUGGACACCAGCCGCAAUCAAAUCUGCCAUUCUGACCACAGCUAAACCCAUGAGUGCGAGAAUUAACAGCGAAGCAGAAUUUGCCUAUGGUGCUGGUCAAGCAAAUCCAACAAGAGCUAGAAGCCCUGGAUUAAUCUAUGACAUGGAUGAAAUGUCUUACAUCCAAUUCCUAUGUCACGAAGGCUACUCUGGAUCAAAAUUAGCCGUGUUGAUCGGCUCAAAAAUAAAUUGCACCUCAUUACUUCCUGGACUAGGCUAUGAUGCUCUUAACUAUCCCACCAUGCAACUUAGUGUCAAAAAUGAUCGGCUGACAACCACCGGAGUUUUUCGACGGACGGUAACUAAUGUGGGUCCUUCCCCUUCCAUCUAUAAUGCCACUAUUAAGGCUCCUAAAGGGGUGGAAAUCACAGUAUACCCCAAAAGUCUCUCAUUCUCUCGAGCCUUGCAAAAGAGGAGUUUCAAGGUCAUCGUUAAGGCAAAACCUAUGGCAAGUGGACAAAUAGCGUCUGGUUCACUUGUAUGGAAAAGUCAUAGUUACAUUGUAAGGAGCCCGAUUGUCGUGUUCAAACCAAUGAGCUAGACAUUAAAACAAACACACAUAGAGCAUCGAGUUAAGUCUGCUUUACGAGACGUUUUACUGUAGAACUACUAUAUUAUAUGCACAACAAAAUUAUUAUACAUACAACGGUUUUAUAUAAUAAUUUUUUUUAUUAA